GCCGCGCGGUCCCCAGCUGCGGGCCCUAAGGCGAGGAGGGCGCCGGCUUCUCAGCUGCGGCCCGGGGGCGUGGCAAGGCCCCGCUGCUCCUGUUUUCCCCGGCCGGGGCCCCGCUUUCGGUUUCGUUUCCUUCCAGCUUCUCCGUCCUGCGGAGCAGUGGGGCCGGGCCCGUGACCGCCGCCGUCGUCCGCGCUAACCUCGGUCCGCGACGGCCAUGGCCCAGGCCGCGGUGGCGGUGGCAGAGGUGACCCAGGUGCUGUGCGCCGCCGGGGGUGCCCUGGAGUUAGCGGAGCUGCGGCGCCGCUUGCGAACGAGCCCGGGCGCCGACGCGCUCGAGCGGCUGCUGCGGGACCGCGGGCGCUUCGUGGUGGCCUCGCGGGCGGGCGCGGGCGCGGGCCGGGCGGCGGCCUCGGAGCGCGUGGUGCUGGCCGUGUCGUCGCUGCGCCUGUGCCGCGCGCACCAGGGCCCCAAGCCGAGCUGCACCGGGCUCUGCGCGCAGCUGCAUCUCUGCAAGUUCCUCAUCUACGGCGCCUGCAAGUUCCUGAGGACCGGGAAGAACUGUAAGAACGGUCACAACUUGAAGACUGAUCAUAACCUGAGUGUGCUGAGAACUCAUGGUGUUGACCACCUCACCUAUAGUGAGCUUUGCCAGCUCUUGAUUCAGAAUGACCCCUGGCUUUUACCAGAAAUCUGCCUACAUUACAACAAAGGCGAUGGACCCUUCGGCUCUUGCUCAUUUCAAAAGCAAUGCAUUAAGCUCCACAUCUGCCAGUACUACUUACAGGGAGAGUGCAGAUUUGGCACUAGCUGUAAGAGGUCCCAUGAGUUCACUAACUCGGAGAAUCUGGAGAAAUUGGAAAGGUUGGGUUUAAGUUCUGACCUGGUGAGCAGGCUGCUCUCUACUUACCGGAAUGCUUAUGACAUCAAGAAUCAGGGCUCAGCCCUCAGCAAAGUGUCCCCUUCUCCUGCAGGUCCACAGAGGACUUCAGAAAGAAAAGACAGUUCAGGUUCUGCAUCACCAGGCAUUCCUACCCAGGAGGAGAGUGAUCAGAUUUGCUUGUACCACAUUCGGAAAAGUUGUAGCUUUCAAGAUAAGUGCUAUAGAGUUCAUUUCCAUUUGCCAUAUCGGUGGCAGUUCUUGGAUGGAGGCAAAUGGAAGGAUUUGAACAACAUGGAACUUAUUGAAGAGGCUUAUAGUAACCCCAGUAAAGAGAGGAUUCUGUACACAGAGUCAGCUGCUAGCUUUCACUUUGAUUUAGACUUUGAGUCCAUGAAGUUUGGUGAUACUGUGGCUCGUCGACUCUCCACAGCUUCUUCUGUCACCAAACCCCCACAUUUCAUCCUCACGACUGACUGGGUUUGGUACUGGAUGGAUGAGUUUGGUUCUUGGCAGGAAUAUGGACGACAAGGUACAGUGCACCCUGUGACCACCAUCAGCAGCAGUGACGUGGAAAAGGCUUAUCUGGCAUUCUGUGUCCCAGGGGCUGAUUCCCAGGCAGCCACCUUGAAGUUCCAGGCUGGCAAACACAGCUACGAGUUAGACUUCAAAGCCUUUCUGCAGAAAAACCUUGUGUAUGGCACUGUCAGAAAGGUUUGUCGCAGACCCAAGUAUGUGUCUCCCAAGGAUGUUCAGAUGAAGCAGUCCUGCAAUACUAAGUUUCAAAUCCCAAAGAGCAUCCCAGACUACUGGGACCCUGCAGCCCUGCCAGACCCAGGAUUUAAGAAGAUUAUUCUCAGUUCUUCUUCAGAAGAGUACCAGAAGGUGUGGAACCUCUUCAACCGCACACUCCCUUUCUACUUUGUUCAAAAGAUCGAGCGGAUCCAGAACCUGGGCCUGUGGGAAGUCUACCAGUGGCAAAAAGGGCAGAUGCAGAAACAAAAUGGAGGGAAGGAAGUAGACGAGAGACAGCUGUUCCAUGGUACCAACACCAGCUUUGUGGAUGCCAUCUGCCAGCAGAACUUUGACUGGCGGGUCUGCGGUCUGCAUGGCACAUCCUAUGGCAAAGGGAGCUACUUUGCGAGAGACGCUGCCUAUUCCCACCACUACAGCAAAUCCGACACGCAUUCCCACACCAUGUUCCUGGCCCGGGUGCUGGUAGGAGACUUCAUCAGGGGCAAUGCUGCUUUCGUCCGCCCUCCAGCCAAGGAAGGCCAGAGCAAUGCCUUCUAUGACAGCUGUGUGAACAGCAUGUCCGACCCAACCAUCUUUGUAGUUUUUGAGAAGCAUCAAGUUUACCCCGAGUACCUCAUCCAAUACUCCACUUCCUCCAAGGCCCCGGCUGCUACCCCCUCCAUCUUUGUUACCCUGGGUUCCUUGUUCACUGGCCGGCAGUGAGUGUGGCCAAGAUGCAUUAGGCCUUUCUGGUGGAGCUGUUUGGAAAGUCUUUUUUUAAACAGAACUUUUAAUGAACUAUUUAAUGUGGCUUCUCAGUGAAGGUACAGUCUUUUUUUUUUUUUUUUUUUUUUUUUUUCCCUAGUGCUGGGGAUGGGCCUUGUGCUUGCUAGGCAAACACUCUACCACUGAGCUACACCCCCAGCCCUUUUAAAAUGUUUUUAUUAUGAGGCAGAGUUUUGCUAAAUUAUAUUCUGCCUCAGUCUCCUGAGCAGCUGGGAUUACAGGCCUAUGUUGCCAGGCCUAACUUGAAGCUACAAUCUUAAUCCUUGGCUGAUAACAGUUUUAGUUUUUAGGUCCUUUCAGGUUGGCUUAUGAUCUCACCAGUAGUGAUUAUGAGCCCAAGUUUGCCUUUUAGUAAUAUUAGCAUUGUACUUUUAACUCUUUGAUGACCGAUGUUUAUUAACUCUUAAGCACAGAAUUUCUACAUACUGUUUUAUGGAAUUUUUUAAUUGUUAAGAGUUUAUGUCUAUAGAACAGCUCUGUUGGAGGGUCCUGUGGUCCAGAGUAGCAUGGUGGCCUUUGGGGGAGACUACAGGGAAGGCCUCGGGCAUCGCUGUCACUUCCGCCCACUGCUCUGGCACUAACCCAGGCAAUUCUUGCUGUAAAUGAAGCACAGUUCCCCUGUCCCCGACAGGAGACAUAGACAAGUACCCCCCCUCCCCCAGUGCUGGGCUUGUCUCAUACGUGCCUGUACCCAAAUCCUUUAAGCAUAUAAGCAUACAGGACACCUUCCAGGUGUGGGUUUUCUGUCCCAAUGAGACUGACUAACCUGUGCUGCAAGUGUCACUUAAGAGUAUGGAAAUAAAAGACUAUGAAACGAA